AUGGUAUCUGACCGAGGAACACAAUUUGUUGGGGAAUUCUGGAGGUCCCUUUGCAAUCGUUUGGAAAUAUCGCCAAAGUUCUCUACAGCAUUUCACCCCCAGACGGACGGACAAACGGAAAGAAUUAAUGCUGUGAUGGAACAAUAUCUUCGAAGUUAUGUUUCUUAUCAACAGGACGAUUGGGUUCGAUGGUUGCCAAUGGCCGAGUUUGCAACAAACAACCAUGCUUCUGAAACGACGAGAAUUUCUCCAUUUUAUGCCAACUCGGGGAGGAAUCCAAGAAUGACUUUUGGUCCCUUGGAACAUGGUAGGACGAUAGCGGAGGAUCAGGCUAACAGUAUUGCAAGGAAGAUGAAGGAUAUAUUAGAUUUCCUAAAGGAUGAACUAUUUCGAGCGCAAAGAAUUCAGGAAGAAUCGGCCAAUAUACGUCGAACCCCAGCACCUCACUAUCGUGUGGGGGAUAAAGUUUUCUUAUCGACCCACCAUGUCCUUACCAAACGACCGUCGAAGAAACUCGAUUGGAAGCGUAUUGGGCCGUAUGCCAUUAAGCGAAUCGUUAAUCCCUAUGCCUACGAGCUGGAACUUCCCCGGUCUAUGAAGGUUCAUCCCGUAUUCCAUGUCUCUUUAUUGUCAUCUGCAGCAAAUGAUGCUUUACCAGGACAACAACAGUUACCACCACCGCCGGUCGAAGUUGAAGGACAGGAGGAGUGGGAAGUCGAGGAUAUUUUGGAUUCCAGGGAUCGUUGGGGAAGAUUUGAAUACUUGGUUAAGUAUGCCGGUUAUUAUGAAGCUUCGUGGCAGCCAUUGUCGGAUGUCGAACAUUCGCCCGAUAUUGUCAAACGAUUUCACAAACGAUAUCCAUGGAAGCCUAAGCCUACCAGGAGGUAG